AUGUUGAUCGCGACCCUCAUUUUUUCUACUUUCUUGAUCUACUCGGUAGAAGGACAAUGCAGCGGCACAGAUGAUAGAUAUAUUGGAGAUUUGUUCCAAUGGGAUGACGGAACUACAAUGUCGUGGAGUAACUUUGAUUCGAAUUUUCCGAAAGACAACCUGACUGUCGCUGAGAGUGUAGUGAAUGGAAAAUGGCGUACUUUGAAAGGGGAGCAAGCAUUAUUCUUUGUUUGUAGCUAUGAUCCAAGAAAGGUUACACCUGGAACCCCUGGAUCAACUAUCACAAGGUAUAUACUUGCAAACCGGCCUCGCUCAAAACUGAUUUUUAUGAGCUGA